CCGGAACAACAAUAACAAUAACAACCACAGAAGAAGAAGAGCGACGUACAGAUGUUAGUCCUUAUCAUCCAUCCAUUUCCUACCGCUUGUCCCUCGCAGAGGGGCUCCAGCCUAUUUAUGACAUGUCUAAAAUAUUUUCUUUGCAGGGCUCCAAAUACAUUUUAGCCAGAAUCACAGGUACCGCACAUUCACAGCAAGGUGUGGCACCUGUAGCGCGUCCAGCGGGAGGUGAGGAGGAGCGGUGUGGGAGGCCACCAUGAGUGUCCAGAGUCUAGGAGGAGCUCUAGGCGAGUCCCUGGGCUCCAGCCUCACAGUACGCAUGAGCGCAGCAGCCGGCGGGCGGAGUUCUCUGGCUCUCAAACCAUCCGGUCGGAUCACUUCGCUGCUGCAGGCCAUGGUUCCUAACGCUUACAGCAAACUGCAGGAGGAGCGCCUGGCUAUGGCCGACCUGGGCGCCAAGCCAGAGGCCGCCUCGCUCCAGAACGGCUUCAGACAAGAGGCGCCGGCUCACCUGGAAGGCCGACGGCUGUUGGACCGCGCCUCGCGCUCCUCUCUGACUUUGCCCGACGCCGGAGACGGCAGCUACUCCGAAAUGGAGCCCAUGUUGUCUGAGAGGAGACUUUCCGGGGAGGAGAGUGACGGCCAUGAAGACCAGGAGCAGGAAGUACCGCCGGCACCGGUGCACAUCCUGCCCAAGGAGACGCCUCUCGCUAUGGCGCUCCAGAUCCUCCUGCCUUUCCUGCUGGCCGGUUUUGGAACUGUGUCAGCCGGCAUGGUGCUGGACGUGGUGCAGCACUGGGAGGCGUUCCAGUACAUUACAGAGAUCUUCAUCCUGGUUCCGGCACUUCUCGGCCUGAAGGGCAACCUGGAGAUGACUCUGGCCUCGCGCCUCUCCACGGCGGUGAAUGUGGGCAAGAUGGACUCUCCCAUAGAGAAGUGGAAUUUGAUAAUGGGCAACCUGGCGCUGAAGCAGGUUCAGGCCACUGUGGUGGGCUUCUUGGCAGCCGUCGCAGCUGUGGUUCUUGGCUGGAUCCCAGAAGGGAAGUUCCAGAUGAGCCACGCCGUGCUGCUGUGCUCCAGCAGUGUCGCCACGGCCUUCAUCGCCUCCAUGCUGCAGGGUUUCAUCAUGGUGGGCGUGAUUGUGGGCUCCAAGAAGACGGGCAUAAACCCGGACAACGUUGCCACCCCGAUCGCAGCAAGUUUCGGAGACCUCAUAACCUUGGCCAUCCUGGCCUGGAUCAGCCAAGGACUCUACAAGUGCCUAGACUCCUACCCAUACGUGGCAUCGGUGCUCUGUGCCUUCUUCAUGUGUCUGACCCCUCUGUGGAUGGUGGUCUCCUCCAAGCACCCGGCCAGCCGCACCCUGCUGUACUCUGGAUGGGAGCCAGUCAUCACGGCCAUGGUCAUCAGCAGCAUCGGAGGACUCAUUCUGGACAAGACGGUGUCUGACCCCAAUCUGGCUGGAAUUGUGGUGUACACCCCCGUUAUCAAUGGUAUCGGAGGUAAUUUGGUGGCGAUUCAGUCCAGCCGGAUCUCCACCUGCCUGCACUUCCACUGCGCCCCCGGGGAGGUUCCUGAUGAGGCCAAGGGCUGCUACUACCCUUGUCGCACCUUCUACGGGACGGGAGCUAAUCACCGGUCCGCUCAGGUGCUCCUCCUCCUGGUGAUCCCCGGUCACAUAAUUUUCCUCUACACCAUUCACCUGAUGAAGAGCGGACACACGACUCUGACGCCCAUCUUCAUGUCUGUCUACCUGUCGGCUGCACUGCUGCAGGUGUUGCUGUUGUUGUGCAUCGCCGACUGGAUGGUACAUUCCAUGUGGCGCAGCGGCAAAGACCCCGACAGCUUUUCCAUCCCCUACCUGACGGCUCUGGGGGACCUGCUGGGCACCGCCCUGCUGGCGCUGAGCUUCCACUUCCUGUGGCUCAUUGGCGACCAGGACAGUGACGUGGGCGACUGAUGGCGUCCGAUGCCUUGUCGGGACGCCGUGCUUGGCCGUUUUAUACUCCCCGUCAACAAUAUAUCAGACCUUUUUCCAUGAAGACUCUUGCACCUUUUGCACCAAAGCACUUCCUUCUCGGAGGAGAGCAGUUGGAAUGAUUGACGGCUCUGGGCCUUUUUUAGUCUUCAGCGCGUCACCACGGAGCAUCAAACCCUGACGUCAAGGUCAGAAUAUCCAUAUAAGAUCACAAUGUCGUUAUUUUACUUGAUUGUUUUCAUUUUCAAAACCAAUACUAUUUAUAGAUGAGGUUGAUUGGCAACACUAAAUUGGCCCUAGUGUGUGAAUGUGAGUGUGAAUGUUGUCUGUCUAUCUGUGUUGGCCCUGUGAUGAGGUGGCGACUUGUCCAGGGUGUACCCCGCCUUACGCCCGAUUGUAGCUGAGAUAGGCUCCAGCACCCCCCGCGACCCCGAAGGGAAUAAGCGGUAGAAAAUGGAUGGAUGGAUGGCAUUUAGGGCUCCCCUCAAGUUUGACCCGGAAGGGUUUCAGUAAGAAAUAAGUCCUAUAGAAAUGUUUUACAUUUGUUUUAUUCAACGUUUACAUUUGAAUGGGUCAAUAAUUUAUAACACUGUUAAACGAAGCCAGUUUAAAUACGAAAAUCCCAGUCAAAUUCUCGGGAUCCAAAAAGUGUUACAAAUAAGUCAUACAUUUUUUUUUUUUUACUUUCAAUGCUUGAGUCUUUUAGAUCAACUUCAGAUCUAUCUGUUAUUUAUAAGUUUUUAUGUUUCUUUUUUUAAUGCCUUUUUUGUCAAUGUAAACUUUGUUUUAUAUGGCAAACACAAAAUAUAUGAAAUAUUGUCCCCCAACAAUAUUUCAAAGUGGAA